AUGCGUCGUCUAGAGGUUCGUAUUGUUGAGCCGGAAGAUGGACGGGACUAUGACCGCCCCAAACGUGUGCGCUGCCCGACCCGCAGACAUGUCGUUCAGCGGCGAACUGCAUGGCUAUCGAUUGCUAUACUAGCUCUCGCAUUCUAUUCCACAGCGUUUUCCGCCAUAUACUUUGUGGUUGCCUGCAUGAAACCCCAUUACGGGAACAGGAUCGGAGGUAGCGGAGGGCUGGCACCAUCUACCGCCACACUUCUAAGUGCCCUCUUUGCAAAGACAAUUGAAUUGUCAUUCGUCACCGUCUUCGUUGCUUUCUUAGGACAGGUACUCAGCCGAAAAGCCCUGGGCAAGAAUGCUGGAGGCAUCACCAUUGCCGAUAUGUCGAUGCGCACUUGGGUCAUGCAGCCUGGAACUCUGAUCACCCACUGGGAAAAUGUCAAGCAUUCGGCUCUUACGCUGCUGGGGAUUAUUGCAAUGACCACGACCUUUGUGGCCAUGUUUUAUACAACUGCCGCAGAGGCGCUGGUUUCACCAAGGCUCACUGCUGGUAUUCCUGAGGUCAGGGAGCUCACCGGUGAGGUUAAGACCAAAUUCGCCAAUGCCUCAUAUUUAUUCAGCAACUGUCAAAGCCCGGUUCCUCUAGCGGUUGACCCCAUAAACCGAGGCUCAACUUGCAUGCAAAUUGCAUUCUCCGGCAGAUCGUUCCAUAAUUACGAACAGUAUCUGGGGCAUUGGACUGAGUUUAGCUCCACCCAUGGCUCAGCGGAUAUGCUGCUUCGCCCUCCACCAACCGGUACCUGGUAUGAUAAUACCACCGUAAAAGGAAGUUGGAUUGAGCCAUACAAUAUGACUGAACUCUCUAUCAAAUGGGGCCGGAUGGUUGUCAACGUCACAGCAGCAAUGCCGCAUGCUGGUAUAUUCACAGCAGCCAGGCAUCCCAAGAACAAGAUCCGCUUGCCCGAGGAUCUUGGAGGGCAAGGAGAAUUUAAUAUCAAAGCCGCGGUUCCAUCGCCAGUUGUCAAUGUAGUCUGUGCAGGCAUGACGGAGGAAGAGCUGGCUCCCAUCGUUUAUACCAAAUGGCCUCAUCCAAACUUUCCAUUUAAUGCAUCUACCUGGCUCAUGAAUCAGACGUCGGAUAUGCCAAAUUAUCCAGAUUGGCUGAAUGCUACAGUGGUCGAUGAUAUUUUCGAAUUUGGAAAGAAAUUUGGGGAUCGGGGCCAAAGACCACCUAUAUUCCCUAAGAUUCCACUGGAAUAUAACACGAUUAUCAAUGUGACUGGACUGUUUGAGACAAAUUCAAUUUACCUUCUAGGGUCAUCUCCUCCAUCGAUCUAUCCGCCUCACUACCUGUGUCAAAUGAAAGGAGGCUUGACACCCCAGUGUUUAACAAAAUAUGAGGCGGCAUCCAGUGGUGGAGUACUUUACACUCAGUGCGGCAGCGCUGCAGACUCCAUGACGUACCAAUCCGUUGCCCCUGAUGCGCCUCGAGUCAUCAUUGACAAGGACUGGAAAAAUGUUGCCGAAGAAUGGGCUAGAUCUAUAGCAUUAAACACAGGGUUAUCGGACGGCUACGGGAGCAAUGCGCGCCUACUCUCCCAACUGAUCCCCAAUUCUGAUAGCAAGACAAACAUAUCGUCCUUAGAUCCACACUUGCCAUCCGUCGCUGAAGCCCUAGCAGCAAUGGCCAGCUCUCUCCUGCUACUGGGGACCCAGGAUGCGUCUUUUGAUCAUCGAAAGACAUUUGCUGAUGCUCGGAUGGCAGGCCACAACGAAUCCAUUUUUGAACAGUUCCACGCCACAGUAUGGGCCUCUGAUUAUGCCUCAGGGGCGAACUCACCAGCAUGGCAGAAUGUGUUCUAUGCCGUUCUAGCCCUUGUCCUAGUCACAAAUCUCAUUUGCUCAGUGUAUCUGUACCUAGCCUUCCGAGGUGUACAGCUAACUGAUUUCACUGAGCCUCAAAACACUUUAGCUCUGGCUUUAAACAGCCCGCCUAGCAUAUAUGUUAGCGGAGCUUGUGGCGCUGGGCCAGAAGGCAAACAACUUACCCAACGAUGGAUGAUUUCCAUGGACGAAAAGGACGAACACUAUUACAUGAUUAGUGCAGAGGAAGCAGAGGCAGAAGAAACUAGACUUCGACAGAGAGGACCGUAUAAUAAUUAUUCGAUGGAUGAUAAUGAUGGCAAUAUAAAGCAUGCGGUAAGCCCAAAGGUGUCCGAGUAUCGGAGAAUUUCACGCGCAAGCAGCUCGAUAUCGUUAUUAUCAUAA